ACGAUGAACGUCGAGGUGGCGGGCGCGAACGAAGACAAGAACGUGUCAGAGGUUAUGGAGAAACUCAAGAACAGCCAGUAGAAGAUAGUCCCGAAAAGAGAUUGGCGACACUUCUUAUCGUGUUAGGUGAUAAGAUGACACCCGAAGAAAUUCACAAAAACAUAGAAAAAUUUGCGGGCGUCAUUCUUGAAGAAUAUUCUAAAUAUGAAACGCACAUACUGAAAACCUUUAAAAAUUGUUUCAUGGAAUUAUCAACGAAAUCAUCCAUCUAUGGUACUCUUGCCGGCCUUAUGAAUGCCAAAAGGUCUGACAUUGGGGCUGCAAUUGUAAAAAUGACAUCGCAAACUUUGCAACAAUGCUUAUACGAAGGAAAUUGGCGAGGAGCUAAACUGGCGCUCAAAUUUUUUGCAGAAUUAACAAAUGCAAAUGUUAUCCUACCCAGAACUAUGUUGGACAUUUAUGAUGAUUUGUUGAUUACCCUUGACGAAUCAAAUGUGAAAAUGUGUCGAGCAGAUACAAUUAUUUACAUCAUCCUGUCCACAUUACCUUAUGUGGCAAUGCGACUGCGUGAGCGAAGUCCGGUGGUGUUGGAUAGUGUGCUAUCUAAGAUUGAACGAUAUGUUGAAACACGGGAGAGAAUUAUCAUGGAAAUUAAUGGAUCAGCCGUCCUUCAAUCCGUCACUCCUUACGUCAGAAUUGGUGUUCCUUACGAGCAACAGGAUAUGCUUGAAUUGUUAUGGAUACAAAUACAAAAUUUAAAGCAAAAUGAUUGGGUGUGUUCGAUAUUAUUGAAACCUUGGUCAGAAUACGAUAGCAUAUUGGUGACUGCGGAUCAACAUGAAGUCGAUAAAUUUAUAGUUCCAGAACAUUCUCACGGAAUAAAUUAUUAUCCGGUACCCUUAUUUCGAAUUUUUGUCGGAUUAGAAGAUGAGUCGAUGAUUGACCUCCAUCAGCCUUCAGAAAUUUCUUUCUUUCUUGUCCGUGAUAAUAUCGAAGACAUUAUUGAAAUAUAUGAGAUAAAUCGUAAAGAGUGCACAAAAUACCUAAAAGAACUUCCAUACAAUUUCGCUCCAGGAACUUUUGUCGAUAAAGAUACCACUUUGUCAGCGACAAAAACCGAGGUAAAAAAUGAGCCUGAGAUAAAAGAAGAGCCUGACAUUAAAAUAGAGCCUGAUGAUACCUUUUCCUCUGGCUGGGGUGACGAUAAUUCCACAGAAAGCAAGCCAAUGUUAAGUGUGGAUAAGGCUAAUGGUUUUAGACUUGAACAGAUUAUUGUCGAGGCCAUUGGAAUUCUCUUUGACCGACUUGACUUUAUGGACGUGGAAUGCUGUUACCGAUUUUGGAACUGGUUCUCUCACCAUCUUAGUAAUUUUGGAUUUGUUUGGAAUUGGAAAGACUGGGAAAAUACUUUGCAAUUAGAUCCAUUGCACCCUAAAGUUUGUUUCAUACGAGAAACGUUAGAAAAGGCUGUGCGUUAUAGUUAUUACGAUCGGAUAAGAACUUCGAUACCUGAUGAAUUUUUGGUAGUAUUUCCAUCAUCUGAGCCUUCUACUAAUUUUCGUUACGAAGAUAAAGAACAUCCAUUGUACAAUUUGUCUACGAACAUGAUAAGUAAACUCCGCACAAAAAGUCCUAAUAGUGAAAUACAAUCUGUUCUGGAUGAGGUGGGCAAGAAUUUCCCGGAAAUGCCCCAACUUGAACGAGAGCACUCUAUAAGAGACUUGUUCACGCAAUGUGUUCUUAUGCUAGGUAGCAAGAGCUUCAGUCACGUGCUGAAUGUCAUUGAAAGAUACCUACCAAUUUUACAGUCAUUGAACGAGACAUUCGAGGCAAGAGUUCAUACUGUCAAAAUUGUAUCUGAAUUCUGGGUCAAUAAUACGCAGUUUUUGGGUAUUCUACUCGAUAAAUUAUUGAAUUAUCGCGUUAUCGAUGCCAUUGCUGUAAUAUAUUGGCUUCUCACUGAUGAGAUGGAGAAAGAUAUUGCUAGAUCGUACACGUGGGAAAUAAUGAAAAAUACAAUCAACAAGGUAAUAUCACGCGUCAAGCAAGUAGCAGUCAAAUUAGAAUCAGUGUUAAAACCAGGUUCCGAGAAUGUUGGUCAGGGUGUGGAUAUAACGUCUGAAGAGAGUAAAAAGGUUAACCUCGAUGAGAUACAGAAUCUCGAAAAUACUUUGAACAUGGUGACCAGAGAACAAAAAGAAGUUUUGCUAAAAGUGUUUCAACUGUGCAUUUCUCGGCUUGAAAAUAAGUUGACAGAUUAUAGCAACCAGGGAAUACAAGAUCCGAUGGCUCAGCCAUGGUUUUGGUGGGCUUAUGGAUUCUUCCGAGAAAUUGCUCGAACGUAUCAGCCACAGAUUUCGACAUUUAUGGUAACAUUAGAAACUGUGGUUCUUACGCCAGGGUCUAAUCCGAAUAUUACAAAUGUUAUUGAGAUGGUGAAAUUGUUAUCAAAAUUUAGCGAUGCGACAGUAGAAAAUGACUUUUCAUAG